AACCGAACUAGCUAUUUUGCUAGCUUGCUGGCUAGCACUGGCUGAUGUUCAGUAAACGUCACCUCCGCGGUGAGAGCUGUUUGCAUCCCACAGCAGGAAGCACAUGACUUCUCCAAAUCCUGUCUGCGGCACCUAAAAGCUACAGAUACUUCAAGGAAGAUGAAGCUGAUCAUCCUCAAUGACUACGACCAGGCAAGCGAGUGGGCUGCAAAGUACAUUAGAAACAAGAUUUUACUGUUCAAGCCUGGCCCGGACAGAUAUUUCACCCUGGGGCUUCCCACAGGAAGCACCCCCCUGGGCUGUUACAAGAAACUGAUUGAGUACUACAAGAACGGACAAAUCUCAUUCCAGUAUGUAAAAACUUUCAACAUGGAUGAAUAUGUAGGGCUGCCCAGAGAUCACCCUGAGAGCUACCACUCCUUCAUGUGGAAUAACUUCUUCAAGCACAUAGACAUAAAAUCAGAGAACACCCACAUCCUAGAUGGCAACGCUGCUGACCUGCAAGCUGAGUGUGAAGCCUUUGAGGAGAAGAUAACAGCUGCUGGGGGAAUCGAGCUCUUUGUCGGAGGUAUCGGACCAGAUGGCCACAUUGCCUUCAAUGAGCCUGGCUCAAGCCUGGUUUCCAGGACUAGGGUAAAGACCCUGGCAAAGGACACUAUCAUGGCUAAUGCCCGAUUCUUUGAUGGGGAUCUCUCAAAGGUGCCCACCAUGGCACUGACUGUGGGAGUGGGCACUGUCAUGGAUGCAAAAGAGGUCAUGAUUCUCAUCACUGGAGCACACAAGGCAUUUGCUUUAUACAAAGCUAUAGAAGACGGUGUGAAUCACAUGUGGACAGUGUCUGCGUUCCAGCAGCACCCACAGACUGUUUUUGUAUGUGACGAAGACGCCACCCUGGAACUGCGGGUCAAAACUGUAAAGUACUUCAAAGGGAUGAUGCAUGUGCACAACAAGCUGGUGGAGCCACCUUCCUCAUUGCCAAAGAAGAACUGAGAAGAUCUUAUCCAAAAUUUGUGGAUUCAUGAUGUGUUUCUCAAAACGUAACACUUUAAUGAUUCCUUAAUCUCCUGCUGGAGAUACAUUAGUGAACAUCAAGCAGUGCUUGGAGUUAACCUCAACUAAUCCUUGUAGAAAUAAUGCGGUGCUAGUAUUGUGCAGGCUAUUCAGGUUUCCAUGUGAUUGUUCUGCAGCUUUGCCUCUCAUUUGUUCUUUAUAAUAAAGUGCAUUAAAUUUUUAAUGUCUGUAUGACUGUGAUUGAGGAUAUCGCUGUGGUAUUCAGCCUGUUCCUCCUGUCACAUGACAACACGGAACAACCAAUGUGGCCUUCAAGUGCUCCUUGUAAGUUUCUAUUUCCAGCACUGUGCUGGAAGUAAAGGCAAAAUGGCCCCUUAAACAAAUUGCUUUCAUGUCUGUUUAAGAGAAACGGAGGAGCUCAGAGUCCUUGUUGCCAGGGAUGGAAUAUAACUAAAUGCAUUUACUCAAAAGUAUCAUGGAAGUGCCAUAUUUAUACACACUUUCAAGCUCCUUCUAUUUUAAUAGAGCAUUAUGAUUUUGUACUUUGUGUGUAUACCCACUACAUUUUAGGAGCAUAUAUUAUUGUUUAGGCUACUCUACUACAUUUACCUGAUUGCUAUAGUUUGGUUACAUCACUUUUUAUGAUUUUAUAAACAAACCUUAUGAUCACAUGUAAAAUCUGAUGCAUUGGUCAUGAAUAAAUUACCCUAUAACGCUGCCCAUCAGUAUUGGUAACAUGAUGACAUAUACAUUAACGUAAUACUGGUGAAGGGACCAUUCUGCACAAUGAUGUCUUUUACUUUUCAUACUUAAAGUACCUAACAAUAAAGUUUUGAAUACAGGA